CGUCCGCAAGAACCCACCCUCGCCGCCUCCACUGAUUUCAACCCUUAUCGGCUGCAGCGGUGGCGGUGGCGGUGGCCCACGGCGGCGCAAUCGUCAGUCACCCGACAACGGACCACCGCUCACCAUCGACCGUCGACAAUCGCAUCCCCUAGCUGCCAACCGCACAAUAUAUCCAUCUACGUUCUACGCCAUAAUAUAAUUAUUUUAUAUUAUACGUUCGCUGUUGAAAAUCGUUUGGAAUACAUUACAUAUACACUUAUAUAGACGCCGACCGAGUAAAGUGCUGUAACACAAUAUCCUGACCAGGAAACUAAGACGAAUACCACCACCAUGAUGGCCACCGGAGAUUCGAUGAAGUUCGCCGCCGCCCGAUUCGGUGGCACCGGCGGUCUGCUGGAUUGCAACUUUCCGUCGUUGUACGUGGAUGCGGUCUGGGCGAGAUUCCGGCGACAUCCGGGCGCGUUCGCUGGCGGCCAGAUAGAGGGCUACGCCAGGGCUGUGGCUUUGUCCAGGAAUGUCCAGAAACAGAUGGCCGCGAUCACGGCAACUACGCCGGGCGGCAAGCCCAAAAAACGGUACAUUUGCACGUAUUGCGACCGAGAGUUCAGCAAGUCGUACAACCUGCUCAUACACGUCAGGACUCACACGGAUGAGCGUCCGUACCCGUGCGACGUGUGCGGCAAGGCGUUCCGCAGGCAGGACCACCUCAGAGAUCACAAAUACGUUCACAUGAAAGAUAAACCGUUCUCUUGUGAAUCAUGUGGCAAAGGCUUCUGUCAAAUGCGCACGUUGAUCAGCCACCGGAAGAACGCACAAUGUCAAUGGUACCAAUACCAACGGCAUCAGGCGAUGGCCACGCAGAUUUCCUCCGCCGCAACCUCGGGUACUGUUGCCGCCGCAGCGGCUGCGGUAGCGUCUCCCGAAACGGUCCGAAACGCCAACCUUACCGAUUUUAGUAUCAAAACCUUACUGGGAAUCAGCGACGAUCAAUAACAUAGUAGGUAGUAGUACCUAUAUACAUAAUACACCUAACCUACUCCGGCUUAGUUGGUUUACCAUAUUUAUCGCUCUUUUUCAUAAAGUGAAAUGUACAAAAAAUAAUUACGUAAAUACAAAAUAUUGAAUUGUAUUAUCACUACUAACUAUUAUUAUAUUGUUGUUAUUAUUAUGUUAUUAUUAUAUGUCAUGUAUAUAGUAUAAUUAAUGUAUUAUAUUUUUUACGAAUAAAUCGUUUAAUAUUGCAUAA